AUGCGAUAUGCAUCUGUUCAAUAUUCAAUUCUUUAUAGUGAAUUUAUUGAUUCAUCAAAAACAUUUUAUCCAUCAUAUGGAUAUCCAUUAGACUACGAAUGGAAAUCAACAACAGCUACAAAUGGAUGGACACAAGGUUUUUUUCCUGGUGUACUUUGGAAUAUAGUAGAAUAUAAUGCUACUCGACAAUUUUUACAACAUGCAACAGAUGUAACAAUGCCAACAGCUCCAUUUGCUAAUAAUACAGGUACACAUGAUGUUGGUUUUGUUAUAAUGUCUGGCUUUGGUAAUGCAUAUCGUUUAUUAAAAUUUCCAGAAUACUUAGAUGUUAUUGUAACUGCUGCUCAUUCAUUAGCAACUCGAUAUUCAUCAAUUGUUCGAUGUAUACGUUCUUGGAAUAGUCCAACAGGAUUUUUAGUUAUUAUUGAUAAUAUGAUGAAUUUAGAAUUAUUAUUUGAAGCUAGUAAUCAAACAAAAAAUCAAACAUUAUAUGAUAUAGCAUGGCAACAUGCUAAUCGAACAAUGUACGAACAUUUUCGAUCGGAUAAUAGUACUUAUCAUGUUGUAAAAUAUAAUGAAACUGAUGGUAGUGUUAUUCAAAAAUAUACUGCUCAAGGUUAUGCUGAUUGGUCAACAUGGGCUCGAGGACAAUCAUGGGCUGUUCAUGGAUUUACAAUUGCUUAUCGUUAUACAAAAUAUGAACCAUUUCUUGAUAAAGCUAUUGGUGCUGCAAAUUAUGUUUUAACACAUCUUCCAAGUAGUACAGAUUUAAUAACCUAUUGGGAUUAUGAUGCUCCUCAUAACUCAACAUUAGCAUAUCAACCACGAGAUACAUCAGCUGCAGCUAUUUUUGCUAGUGCUCUUGUUGAAUUAUCUCAAUAUGCACCAACAUCUGAUUUGAAAAAUCAAUUUUUAACAAAUGCUAAAGCAAUUGUCGAUCAAUUAUCAACACCAACAUAUAUGAUAUAUGGUAAUAAAGAUUAUAAAUUACCUGCUUUACUUACAAAUGGAACUAUGGGUCCUUAUCCAAAAAGUCCAUAUGAUGUAUCUUUAGCAUAUGGUGAUUAUUAUUUAACACAAGCUGUUGUACGUUUGGCGAAACUUUGA